AUGGCUCAGGACAGACAUAAGGCCCCUGAUGGGCGCAAGAAGGUACUCAUUGUAGGCGCCGGCGCUGCUGGGAUGUCUGCAGCAUACCACUUAUCACAACACCCCGAUAAGUUCGAUGUAACGCUCAUAGAUGCCGUUGACUAUUGUGGUGGUCAGGCAUUCUCUAUUCCUCUGGAUAAGGAGCGUUACGGUGCGUCGUGGUGUAACCAAGGAGUCCAGGGCGGUUCUUACAUCUUCCACCACACGUUGACCAUGUUCCACCGGCAGGGCUUCCAUGCAGACCCUGUGAAUCUUCAGGUUUCUUUCGGAAAAGACGAAACAUUCUGGUCCAACAUGUUUCCCACGCAACUGCUUGCUCGUCACGAAAAGGAGAUUCAGCGUUUGCCAAUAGUGUUGAAGCUGAUGCGCUGGUUCGAAAUAAUCUUCGCCCUGAUUCCCCUGAAGAUCGUAUUCAAAUUGUUCCGAUUUUCUGAUGAAUUUACCAACACGAUCGCUCUACCGAUGACAGCCCUAUUCCUAGGCACCGGAAAUGCAACUCCGGAGGUUCCGGCCAUCAUGUUUGAACGACUGUGCACGUCGCCGACGUAUGGGAUGUGGUACGCCCCUGAUAAGAACACCUUCAUUAACAAUCAACCUCCUAUGGUCGUCUUUCCCAACUUCUCUGAGUUUUAUAAUACUUGGAAGAUGGAUCUCAUCUCGCGUGGCGUGACAGUUCGAUUAUCCACAGAAUUGGUCGAGGUCGUUCGACGGAACAAUAGUGGUGUGGUCGUCAGGCUUAAAGCACGAACCCCAAUGCACGAUGGACAUAACCCCACCGGCGGCGAUCCCGGUGUUCCCACUAUCGAAGAAGUGCAUGAUGAGAUCGUGAUGUGCUGUCUAGCGGACACCGCAAAGAGAGCUCUCGGUAGGGCGGCAAGCUGGAGGGAGAAGAGAGUUCUGGGGUCAGCUAAGUUUAGCGACGAUAUUACAAUUACUCACAACGAUUCCGAUUACAUGAAGAAGCAUUAUGAGAACUUCUAUAGGGAUGACUUGGCCGUGGCCAAACUCAACGGAGUCGACCAGACCUCGCGUCUAGACUCCGCGACGAAGAACUUCCGACCAAUGUACUACAUCAAGAUGUAUCCAGAGGACAAGUCGAAGCUCGAGAUGUGUUUCGACACGACGAAUUACCAGAGCCAGUUCCCGGAAAAAGUUCCGUUCGAGCAGCACGUGUUUCAGACAAUCUAUCUCAACAAAGACCGCGACAGGAAGCUAUGGACGGAUCACGAAAUUAAAGAGGAUAGAAUCAUUCGGAAAGACUGGUGGCAUCAGCUCUGCCAUAGCUACACGCAUUACCUCUUCGUUGUGCCCUGGAUGAUGUUCUUGCAAGCGAGGAACCAUACCCGCUACGCGGCGUCGUGGACGUUGGUCAAUGCUCACGAGGUCGCGGUCAUGUCUGGCAUCGCAGCCGCUGUGGACCUCGGGGCGGACUAUCCUGAGGACCUGGAGAACGACAAGUUUGCUCUUCUCUGUUUUCGACUAUAUUACCUCCUUGCAUAUGGGAAGUGGUAUAGACGCAGACGCAGCAGUGCUUGUAAACAAGGGGGGUCCACAACGCAGGCCGCAAAAACAGGGGGUGGCUGGGGCACGGGGCUCUACGGCAGCGUAUACGAGGGCCCGGGAGUGACAAAAACGGAGCGGCAGACGUGGAAAGAGGAGCUCAAGAAAGGUGCUAGUAUUGACAACAUGGCCGGUGGAAAUGCAGGCGGGAGGAGCCAACCAUGA